AUCUUUAGUAGUGCUUUCGUUUGGAUUAUACCAAUGUACGAGAUAGUCACCCCUUCAAAUCAAAUCAAAUCCUUACGUCUUACGCAUUACGUACCUACGCAAAACCACUGCGCGUGCGUUGUUGUUUGCACGUAGCGUUUGGUGGGCAGCCACUUGUCAAGUGACUGCAUCAGCUAAAAAGACAGUUUGUAACGUUUCUGAAGCCUUUUUGAAGCUGUUUUCGCUUCUUUUGACAGAAUACUCCUGUACGUGGACCCUCGUGUUUAUGUGAGUGAUGGAGAAUGAUGAUGCAGAGAAGACGGAGAAAUCAGGGCCACCGCUUCAAACUCAGCCGCUAUGCCGCUUCUUCUCUCAAGGAAGACACUGCCAUUUUGGAAAAAAAUGCAGAUUCCAACACGUGAGAGAUGACUCCAAAGUUAACGAGAAGCAAACCAGAACACCUGUUGAGUCAGACGUAACAUCUGCACACUCCAAAGUCCCUGGAGGAAAUGUCAGAGACAAGCCUCCUCCAACAAACACAAGGGUUGCCCCAGCAGCGUCCCGCCGCCCCUGUCGCUACUUCAUCUCGGGGAACUGCACCAUGGAAGACAGAUGCCGCUUCUGGCAUCCUCCACAGUUACCCAACGUGGAUGAUCCGCCUGUUCCGAGUCUUAACACAAAACCUGUGCAGAGGAUGGCACCAGUAUCCCGCCCUGGCAUCCCCCAGGAGGUCAAGCUGAGUGACCUGACAGAGGAGGUCUCCAAAGAGCUACGGGACACAGAGAUCCGGCAGCUGAAGAAGCGUUUCCCCAAAGACCAGCUGAUUAUUCAGGAACGAAGCGAUGGAGAAAUGACUUAUUACAGGGCAACUGUUGAGGCCAGUGAUCCAGACUGGCCCUUUGACCUGAAAGAAAUUGACAUCAUGGUGAGCUUCCCGGACAAAUACCCCAGAGAGGUUUUCACACUGGAUAUCCCAUUGGAUCAGGAUCUGCCACCUGUGAUGGCAAAAUAUGUACAGCAAGCAUCCAUAGAGUGGCUUCAAGCCAAACAUGCAACCAAUGAGCUUCUGGGAAAGCUAGAGCUGCUCUUUCGGCCUUAUCUUCGAUGGUUAGAUCGUAGUCUGGAGAGACUGUUUACUGAAGGAGCGCGACUGUUGAAAAAAGACAUUGAUCUAGAAAAAGCUGGAUUGCAGUUCAUAUCGUACCGAGAGCUCCAGGCCACAGUCUGUGAAAAAUCUGGGACUGAUGACUCAUCUAACAAAGCUGCAGAUGACAAUAACAGUGAUGGGAAACUGGAAAAGACAGAAGACGAGGGAGGCAAGCAAGAGGGCACAGAUAGUAAUGAAGCGCAACAGCAGGAGGAUGAGGAGGCCAGUCAUCUGGUGGAGAACAUCAAGAUCAGUGAUCCACGCAGAGGCACAGAGUUAAAACUGCUGGGACUUAGGCUGGGAGAGAACACAGCCACUGUGGUUGCCCAACAGAUCACAGUUUGUCUUCAGUGUAACAGAUGUAAAGUAACCGCAGACCUGACCCUGACUGGAAGGACACCCUGCACUGCUCAGUGUGAGAAGUGCAGUGCAGACAUCAAUGCUGCAUUCAGGCCCUGCAUGCUGCACCAUUACAGCGAUGUCCUGGGUUACUUGGAUCUUCACAAUGCUACUCCUGCUGAUCUGGUGCUCCAGGAAUGUGAACUCUCUGUGGGCUGCCUCAGCUGCUCCCAGGACGGCCCUGUGCAGAAUGUGUCCUAUGGUCAAACAAAGGAGUUAAACUGUGAGCACUGCCACAGCAAACUCAGUAUCCUUGCAGAGAGCACAAGGUUCCAGUACAUUCAGCCACGCAGCACCAAAACAGGUCUGAGUUCUGCUGCUUUUAAUUUUAAGUCUUUAAGAGAUCCUGCUGUCCAAAAAGGGAAGCCACUGCCAGAAAAGGGAGCAUGUAAACACUACAAACAGAGCCAUCGCUGGCUCAGGUUUCCCUGCUGUGGCCGGGCUUACCCCUGUGAUGUUUGCCACGAUUUGGACCAGGAUCACCCAAUGGAACUGGCAAGCCGGAUGAUAUGUGGCUACUGUGCAAAAGAACAGCCUUAUGGCAAUGGAAAGCCCUGCGUCUGCUGUGGUAGCAUGAUGACGAGAGGCACCCGCACCAGCCACUGGGAGGGAGGACUGGGAUGCAGAAACAAAGCCAAAAUGAGCAGAAAUGACCGGCACAAAUACGCCAACACCAACAAAACGGUCUCAAGGAAGGCAGCAAGUGACAAGAAGUAGAAGAAAGGAGGAUUAUUGACCUUGUUUAAAAAAAGAAAAAAAAAGAAGAGAGAAACCAGUGUGGUACAUGAUUUCAAUGAAAUUUUCCAAAAUAUCCAAAUAAAUCAUUUUGUUAUGAUCAUUUAA